AUGGAGCCCGCCGACAAAUCCUGGCAACAAGAGCUUGAGGAGAGGAUGCUGCAAAUUGACCCUCGGAACCUCAACGGGGUAAUCGACACAGACCCCCAGCGUGCCAGAGAGCAAGGAUGUUUUGGGACAAUAUACAAGGGAAUCUACAACAACCGCAAGGUUUGCGUAAAGGUUGUCGGGGGUUUCAGCCGGUCCUUUGAGCACUUGAUUCGUGAGAUGAGGGUGUGGUGCCAGUUGACGCACCCACACAUAGUUCAGCUUUAUGGCUGGAUAUCAUAUAUCAAGGAAGAUUUCCGACCGAGCUUGGUGUCAAAUUGGUGUGACGGAGGGAAUGUGAGGGGUUUUUUAGAGCGGCAUCCUAAUGCCGAUCGUCGGGCCUUGAUUUACGGAAUUGCUCAUGGCGUAGAGUAUCUUCAUUCAGAGGAUGUAGUGCAUGGCGAUAUUACACCCGCGAAUGUCGUCAUGAAUGGGAAUAUACCGCAGUUGUGCGAUUUUGGGACAUCGUUCCUUAUAUGGGACACGACAACACGUCCCGGUCCGACGGUCGUGGGAUACGGGAUGGUCUUGAGAUACACAGCGCCGGAGGUGACGGUUGGUGAGUCUGGUUCAACCAAGGAAAGUGAUGUGUGGGGAUUCGGAUGUACAGCCAUGGAGAUACUUCGCAACGAGCAACCAUACUCCACCACAACCAUACUUGUUGAUAUGCACAACCCUGCGGCUCUUGCACAGUCCAAGCCACCAUUUACCCCUCCUUCAACACAGACUGAGAAAACUCUCGCCCCCUGCCUUGAAUUUAACCCUAAGAAUCGAAUCGAUAUGGGGACCGUUAUCGUAUCGCUCAAUGGUUGAUUGGAACUGCACGCUAGGGGGAUCUCUCGAAGGAAGGGAUCAAAACUCAGGCACCAAACCAGACAAAGAGGAGUGGGCUUGCAGGCGCACGCGCAGCUCUGCACCGCCCUCUGCUACGAUCAUGGCAUGCAUUGUUCUCGUUGCAUGUAUAUAUGUAUGGUUUGAGACGGAAAUUUUCUGCACCCCUUUCCAACAUGACAUGACAAC